AUGCCGACCUCCCACGAAUGGAAAGUGUUCACACAAUGGGGAGAAAAAUGGGGCGGCAUCGUGUCUGUGACGCUCCUAGGACAGCAUUUUGUCAUCCUCAAUUCGCACAAGCAUGCAGUUUCGCUGCUCGAGAAAAGGAGCUCGAUUUACUCUGACAGGCCGAAGCUUCAUAUCGCUGGGGAUGUAAUUGGCUGGGCACGCACCCUCGUGCUCUCUCCGUAUGGCCCUACUUUUCGGGAGAUUCGCCGCCUCUUCGCCCAACUUUUUGGUACACGGGAUAGCAUGGCACGCUUCGUUCCGCUCGUGGAGGCCGAGACUUCCCGAUUUCUCGUUAGACUGUUGGGGGACGCAGACUCGCACAAUGUCGACGUGUCCAAGUAUGUGCGCAUGACUGCGGGUGCCAUAAUCCUUGAGAUAUCAUUCGGGUACAAGGUGAAAGAACGCGACGAUCCUGUUGUAAAUGCCGUCAGUCAUGCGGCGGAACAAUUUUCAUUCGCCACAUCUCCGGGUGCUUUCCUAGCGGAUAUUUUGCCGAUACUUCUGUACGUUCCUGAAUGGUGUCCCGGAGCGGGGUGGAAGAGAAAGGCUGCGGCUUGGGCGAAAAACUUUAUCGUCAUGUGUGACGUGCCGUUCAAUUUCGUCAAGGAACAGAUAGCUGCUGGGACUGCUGCUCCCAGCUUCACGUCCCUUCAUCUCGAGGGCGGAAUCGAUCCAGAACGCGAGUACUGCAUCAAAAUGGCGGCAGCUUCCAUUUAUUCUGGUGGAGCGGACACGACUGUGUCUGCCAUUAACACAUUCUUUCUCGCAAUGAUGCUGUUUCCUGAGGCACAGAAAAAAGCCCAAGCAGAGAUUGACGCUGUGGUUGGUAACGAACGUCUUCCCGUCAACGAUGAUCGCACCAGUUUGCCAUACGUGACUGCCCUGUUUCACGAGGUGAUACGCUGGAACCCCGUGGCACCGUUAGGCGUUCCACACCGGUUGAUCGAGGACGACGUCUACGAAGGAUACGUUUUCCCGAAGGGAACUAUUUUCAUCCCCAACAUCUGGAAGUUCUUACACGAUUCCAAUACUUACGCUGAUCCAUUGGCGUUCAAGCCUGAGCGUUUUAUGCCCUCGGAGAACAAGAAGCCAGAGAAAGACCCGCGAGUUCUCGCGUUCGGGUUUGGUAGACGAGUUUGUCCAGGCAUACAACUCGCAGACAUCUCUGUAUUCCUCUCGAUCGCUAUGACGCUGGCGGUGUUCGAAAUAUCCAAGGCCGAUGGCGAUCCUGUGCUUAGCCCAUCGGAGGUUGAGUACACGACCGGGAUCAUCAGCCACCCACCGCCAUUCAGGUGUACUCUUAAGCCGCGCUCGGCCCAGUCUGAGAAGCUUCUGCAUUCUCUGCAGGGAAUUCAUGAUUAG